GCCUUCUAGAAGGGUCGCCAGGCUGUUCCUCCGUCCGGCUGUGAGCCUGCCCGGCCCAUGCGGAUCCGCCGCCCAGCUUCUCGGGAUUCUCUCAACAUGAGGUCCUCCCUGCAGGCAGUGGUGCUCUGGGGAAAGCAGGCCCCUCAGCACAGUAUCACUGCCAUCAUGAUCACUGAUGACCAGCAGACAAUUGUGACUGGAAGUCAGGAGGGUCAGCUCUGUCUUUGGAAUCUCUCACCUGAACUAAAGAUUUCGGCUAAAGAACUUCUGUUUGGACAUUCGGCUUCAGUAACAUGUUUGACAAGAGCUAGAGACUUCUCUAAACAGCCUUAUGUUGUCAGUGCUGCUGAAAAUGGGGAGAUGUGUGUCUGGAAUGUCACCAAUGGACAGUGUGUGGAGAAGGCCACACUUCCUUACAGGCACACUGCAAUCUGUUAUUACCACUGCUCAUUCCGGAUGACAGGAGAAGGGUGGCUUCUCUGCUGUGGAGAAUAUCAAGAUGUCCUUAUCAUUGAUGCCAAAACUUUGGCUGUUGUUCAUACUUUUGCAUCUUCCCAGUCUCCUGAUUGGAUCACCUGCAUGUCGAUAGUUCACUCUGUGAGAAUUCAAGAAGAUUCUCUUGUCGUGGUAUCAGUAGCUGGUGAGCUCAAAGUGUGGGAUCUGUCAUCAUCUAUCAACAGCAUCCAGGAAAAGCAAGAUGUCUAUGAAAAGGAAUCCAAAUUUCUUGAUGCCUUGAACUGCAGGACAAUACGAUUUUGCACAUAUACAGAGAGACUUCUAUUGGUGGUGUUUUCCAAAUGUUGGAAGGUUUAUGAUUAUUGUGAUUUUUCCCUUCUCUGGACUGAAGUUAGUAAGAGUGGGGAGUUCUUUGCUGGUGGAGAGGUGCUCGCUGCUCACAGAAUCAUCAUCUGGACAGAAGAUGGUCACAGUAAUAUCUAUCAGCUGCUGAACAGUGGGCUUUCAAAAAGCAUAUAUCCUGCUGAUGGAAGAGUGCUUAAAGAGACCAUUUAUCCUCAUUUACUGUGCUCUACUUCUGUGCAGGAAAAUAAGAGCCUUCCUUUUGUUAUGGGCUACAUGAAUGAAAGAAAGGAGCCUUUUUAUCAGGUACUUUUUUCUGGAGAAGUCUCAGGAAGAAUUACUCUGUGGCACAUCCCUGACGUUCCUGUAUCCAAGUUUGAUGGUUCUCCUAGAGAGAUACCAAUAACUACCACCUGGACCCUUCAAGAUAAUUUUGAUAAACAUCAUACAGUGUCACAAAGUAUUAUUGACCACUUCUCUGGGCUGAAAGAUGGGGCAGAAACUGCAGUUGUCACUUCAUCAGAGUAUGUUCCAAGUCUUGAUAAACUAAUAUGUGGCUGUGAAGAUGGGACAAUUUUCAUUAUGCAGGCUUUGAAUGCUGCCAAAGCCGGACUUCUAGAAGGCGGUUCUUUAUUAAAAGAUUCCCUUCCUCACAAAGUACUUAGAGGCCAUCACCAAAGUGUGACUUCAUUACUUUACCCACAUGGUCUCUCUUCAAAAUUAGACCAAAGUUGGAUGGUGUCUGGGGACCAGGACUCAUGUGUUAUCUUAUGGGAUAUCUUUACUGAAGAAAUGUUACAUAAAUUCUUUCUGGAAGCUGGCCCAGUAACAAGUCUUUUGAUAUCACCAGAGAACUUCAGACUAAGAAGUGAUCAGGUCAUUUGCUGUGUGUGCAGUGACCACUCGGUAGCUCUCCUUCACCUUGAGGAGAAGCGGUGUCUCCUGAAUGCCCGGAAGCACCUUUUCCCUGUAAAGAAGAUAAAAUGGCACUCAGUUGAGAACUUUUUAAUUGUUGGAUGUGCAGAUGACUCCGUUUACAUCUGGGAAAUCGAAACAGGCACUUUGGAAAGACAUGAAACAGGAGAAAGGGCCAAAAUUAUUCUUAAUUGUUGUGAUGAUUCACAGCUUCUAAAGCCUGAAUCUGUACUUGCACUUGCCUCAGAGACACAUAAGCACAAAAGUAUAGAACAGAGAUCAUCCAGCUCCUACCAGUUUGGGCCAAUACCCUGCCCUGGUCUGCAGGUGGAGUCUUCAUGGAAGGUUGAUGAACAUAAAUCUUUCGCAGGACCUUUUACUGUCUUGCCUGUGAAGACCACAUGGAGUAACAUUAACUUUCAUAUCCUUUUAUUUGAUCUGGAAAACCUUGUGGAGCUCUUGCUGCUGACUCCAGUCUGUGAUGUUGACCCUUCCAAUUCAUUCUAUGGGAGUGAGAUCCUGAGAAGAGCCAGAAGCACAGUAGAGAAGAAAACAUUGACGCUAAAAAGAAAUAAAAUUGCCUGUGGUCCUCUCUCAGCCGAGGCCCAAGCCAACAAGCCAGUUCAUGAAAGUCUGGUCCAAGGAGAUAAUACCAUCAAAUUCUCAGAAGAAAAUGAUGGCAUCAAAAGGCACAAAAAAAUGAAGAGCUCCAAAAAGGUGCACCACGAGCCUUCGAGAAAGGUUAAUGCCAACCUCAUAAUCGACACAGCUAAACUGCUCCUGUCUUGCCUUUUGCCGUGGGGAGUGGAUAAAGAACUAGAUAAUCUCUGCAUUAAACAUCUCAAUAUUUUAAAGCUUCAGGGUCCUGUUUCUUUAGGACUUGCUUCAAAUGAAGAUCACUUUUCACUGAUGCUACCAGGCUGGGAUGCAUACAAUACUGAGAUGAAAAAAGACUAUUCAAAAGUAAAUUUAUUUUCCAGAAAAGUUUUGGACUUGUCAAAUAAAUACAUAUCCACUCUUUCAAAUCAGGCUGGAAUGCCAAGAGAACUGGAAAGUAAUGGUGAUUCUUUGCAAGAGUCAAACACAAUAAUUUAUUUAUUGAACAGACUAUUUUUAGUUAAUAAGCUAGUUAACAUGCCUUUAGAAUUGACAUGUGGAAUUGACAGGUCUUUCGAAAUGGAAUCUGUUCAUAAUAAAAUGAAAAGCCCGGGGAAUGAUGUUUUGAGUAUUUCAAGCUUCUACGGACACUUACGAAAUGGAAAGAAUGCACCCCUUCUACCUGAGGCUGACAUUUCACUUUUGAAGCUAAUUUCCUGUUGGAGAGACCAGUCUGUGCAGGUAAUGGAAGCAAUACAAGCUGUUCUCUUGGCAGAAGUUCAACAGCAAAUGAAGACCUUGAGAAAGACACCAAUGAACAGUCAACCAGAACCCACGUCAGAGAAUAGUAACUGUGAGUUGAUACAGAUCUUGCCAAAGUUAGCGUCAGAGUGUUUUACAGACAGUUUGCCUCUGCAGCCGCCAGUCAGUCCGGUCAAGCAUGACAGCGACUCAAACUCGGCAAACUUCCAAGACACCGAGGACGUGCCUGACAGAUGUGUCUUGGAAGAGUCUGAGAGUCCAGGUGAGUCAAGGCAUCAUUCAUGGAUAUCGAAGUUGUGUUUCUGCAAGGUGUGCUGACUGGAAUCUCAUUUAUGGAAGUUAGAUUUGGACAAAUGAAGAAGUCCCAAAACAUGUCAAUUUUUUGUUGCAUAUAAGCUAUGUAACUGGUCAAAUGACUAGGUUGGAGUAGAUUUGCUGAUAUUUUAGCCAUAGUGUGCUGAAAAUGUGACUACUGACCAAAAAUAUCCAAGUGCAUCUACUUUUAGAAAGUCAUUGUCUAAAUCAUCCCAUAUUCCUGCUUCUCAUUUUUCUUUCAAUAUUUCCAGAAAGGAAUACCAGCCCACAGACAUAAGUUUAAUACCAUUUUAGAUGUUCUUCUGUUUUUUCAAUUCCUGAAUUAUAUAGUAAUCAACAUUAAAACCGCACUGUUUUUAAACAUGAUACACAUAAUGAUUUGAAUGUUGUUUUAAUGUAUUUAAUCUAAAACUUUACCAAAUUUGUUAUGUUAUGACAUUUUGUUUUAGUAGUCGGUGCUUUAAUUCAAUCAAUCAUACUCUAGUAAAUCUCAUCCCUAAGCAUGAAAUGUUGUCAACAAAUAGUUCAUUCCAUUUAAUCAUCAACUAACCCAAAUAAGUGAUACUCAGAAUAACAGGGAGCAAUCUUGUAUAGCCAAGUUAAUUUGGACUUCUAAUGACAUUAAGGCUAAUGUCUUUAGCUAAUGGUUGAUCUGCUUGGUCAUGUAGACAUGAGCUGGGGAAAAAAGAAUCUACCAAUAGCAUAUCACAUUUGAUCCUUAAUAAGUAUAAACUCGUGUAGUUCUUUUCUGAGAAAGAAGCUUGACUAGCAGGAAUUCUUAACCUAAAUAUGCAAAGCAAUAUAAAUAUAAAAAGUGCUCACCUAAUAAGGCUUUUAAUGAUCUGAUUUAUAUGCUAUGAUUUAUACUGUAUAAUUUCUGGAUUUAUAGAAAAUCAUCAAAAAGGAUUAUUAGCGUGCAUAUGGAAUACAG